CGGGUGGACGAUACACCCCUGUCGCCAACGUGCAGGCUCGCGAGUUGGUCGGAACUGUGACGAGCGGCUGGGUGCGGGUGCAGUGCGGCACACGACUGAGACUGUCCGCGGGCGCUGUGAAGACGGAGCCGAGCAACACGCGGUCGUACAGUAGCAACUGACGCGUGCGCCGGCAUAUCCUCCGGCUCCGUAGCACGCCCUGAGCACAUACAGGCGCUGCGGUGCGGUGCGGUGCGCUGGGGCCGGUGCAGCGCGAACUCUCACUCGAGGGUGUGGACGUGCGGGAGCUGCUGUGAUAAGAGCGCGUCAAGGACCAGCGAAAUGGAGGAGAAGCCUGCCGCUUCGGGCUUCUGCCAUGUCGGGUGUCUCAGUGAGCUCUGGCUGCGAGGGCUUGACCCGCGAGUGAUGGAGAUCCUGCUGUGGCGCGACCCGAAGAAGUCGGGCGCGGCGUUCGUCACCGGCCUGGUGGUGCUGGUGUCCAUGCUGUACUUCUCCUUUAUCUCGGUGGUGGCCUACUUCUCGCUGGCGCUGCUCACCGUCACGCUCGGCUUCCGGCUGUACAAGACGGUGCUGGGCACCGUUCAGAAGACCAACGACGGACACCCCUUCCAGGACCUGCUGUCCGUCGACACGACCGUCGAACAGGAGAAGGGCCACGAGAUGGCCAACAAGGUGGUGGCCGAGCUCAACUGCUGCUCCAGCACCCUCAAGGACCUGUUCCUGAUCAAGGACAUGUUUGAGUCCAUCAAGUUCGGCUUCGCGCUCUACCUGCUCACCUACCUGGGCGCCUGGUUCAACACCAUGACGCUGGUCAUCAUGGCCUACGUGGCGAUGUUUACACUACCCAAGGUGUAUGAGCAGAACAAAACGAAGAUCGAUGAGGUCAUGGGACAGGUCAAGGAGAAAGUCGGCGAGAUCUCAGCAAAGGUGAAGGCGGCCAUCCCCAUGGGCAAGAAGGCCGAGCCGGUGACGGAGGAGAAGAAGGACGAGUGAGAGGCCGGGGCGGGCGCGCGCGUGACGACGUGAGGCGUGACUGGUGCGGGCGUGAAACAUGACUGCAGGCCCCGCGGGCCCGGUGCGGCCGGCCGUUGGCCGAGUGCCGCGUGCUAUGUGCCGCUGCGUGAGCGUGAGGGCGUGCGGCAGGUGGGGCCGCCGGGGGGCCUGGCGGCCACCAACUGGUUUGUUUUCUUCUCUCUAUUUAAGCAGCCUCGUAUGCAAGCACAGUUGUAAAUAAACUGUUCCCGCUGUACAUCUAAACUUACCCUGGUCGUUGGAUUGUUGCGUCCCUGGCAUGGGAAGAGAUGAACACGUUCGUAAAUCACGAUGGUUAGCGUCUAAUAGCCGCUAUUCGAGUUGCAUGUGCGAUUGUAUCGCUCGUUCCGUUCAGUUGAAGAACCCGUUAUAUAGCUAUGGUGUCUGUACAGCUUCCGUCACGCGCAGACUUCCUUUGGUUUACGUGCUUUGAUACCAAUAAACAGGAAAUGUGA